AUGACAAGCGUGUCUUCUUCAUGGAGAUCUCGGACACCAACGACUGACCAGCCUGAAGCACAGUCAGGAACUACUGAACACCGCCGAGCUCGUGUUCGAACCGCUAAAGCAUGUCGCCUCUGCAAUGAAAAGCGCGUAAAGUGCGAUGCGAGUGAGCGUGGGAUCCCUUGCACGCGAUGCGAGCAGCGAGGAGAACCCGGCUGCACGCUAAUUCAGUCCCGACGGGGUAUCUAUGUUCGAAAACCACGGCGACAGCAAGUCCGCACUCGCAGUGAAUCGAAUGACGCUUUGGGCGAAACAAGGGACUGUUCAGUCCCACAAGAACUCAAUGCUCGGGUUUCUGCUCCGCUACGAGAGCCCCUGCAUGCUCAAUCUUCACCAGCCCAGGGAAGUUUGCUGCCCCAGCAAGACACGCCCUCCAGAACUACAGACGCUAGCUCUGACUCAAGACAUCGUGAUGCAAGCUGGUCUGCAGUAUUUGAGAACCUGCUGCAGCGUCGUGAACAGCGAGGACCAGUUGUUGACAAAGGUUCUAUUGCCUACAUUGGAGAGGGUUUCCCUCUUGGCAUCAUAUUAGACAGCUCGAGAAGUGGCGCCGGGCGUCCCCUGCUUCAUCAUCCUGGGCCUGAUGCUACACCGGAUGCUGAUACUUCGUCACCUGACACGGCCCAUCCUCCGGGGAUACCUCCAGAGGAUCUUUCGUUCCUCGAAGCGAAACAGGCUUUCACAGCACCUUCAAACGUCACACUGGACGCUCUCAUUACAGUGUUCUUCGAGCGAUUCUUUCCUUUUUAUCCCGUCGUCAACCCACAGGAACUACUUGUACAACACAAAGCGCGGAAGAUACCUUGGAUACUGCUGCAUUCUAUCUGCUUUGUCUCAGCCACAUAUUGUCCGCUACGGAUCCUACAUCGAGCCGGAUUUGACAACAGGAAAGAGGCACGUUUCACGUUCUACAGCAAAGCGAAAGCGCUGUUUAACAUUGGCUACGAAAGUAGUAAGAUCGUUACACUUCAAGUAUCGAUCCUGUUGAGCUUCUGGGGAGGCAGUCCAAACAACUACUGGAACUUCUAUACCUGGAUCUCCAUUGGAGUGACAAUUUCUGAGACUAUUGGUUGUCAUAGAUCUAUGGUAGGGCUCAAUAUCACACCUCAAGAUCGGAGCCUUCUCAAGCGUUUAUGGUGGACUCUGCUUGUAAGAGAUGCCGCAUGUGCAUCAAUGCAUGGACGCCCAUUUCGAAUCAACCUCGACCAUUGCGAUGUAGAUGAACUUACAGCAGAGGAUCUUGAAUUUGAGGCUACAUCUUUUCUAGGCUCCCUCUCGCCAGAUGAUGCCCAGCUCUUGGGCUUAUAUCACAUUCAAGCAGCUAAGCUGGCGCUACUGCUUCGCCAGAUUGUUAAGACCCGCUUCUAUCCACGAAGCCAAGACGCGACCUCGCCGUCAAUGUUACAUGAACUGCUGGUACUUUGGCGCAAUGAACUCCCAUCUUCCUUACAAUGGGCGGACAACGACAACAUGCAUACGAACAUUUUCCGGACUACACUUUGUAUACUGUACAAUCACAACAUCAUAUUGUCUCAGAUUAAGCCGGAGCCUGCAGUAGACAGUAGCAACGCGCUCUCUCCUUCCUCAUGGUUGGGCGAUGAGGUGACGAGUCUCUCGGCGCAGCAAAUUGCUUCAAUGGCAUGCUCCAUGGUUACGACUUCUGAAGAUCUUGUUCCACCGCAUGAACUGUUCCAAGGCCUUUUCAUCGCAUGUGUCGUUUUCUUUGUGCAAACACAGAGCAGCACCUCUGACUGCGAGUUUGGGCAGGUCUGGUCUCAUCAACUGUAA